AAAAGAGAUUUCUGUGGAACUGGGAAUCCCGAACCAAAAGUUGAAAAGAUGGGAAAUGCAGAAAGCAAUGCCUAUCAGAAUCACCUUUCCAGAUUUCUUCCUGAGGAGCAGUCUGACAUUGAUGGAGUAUUCGAUACUUUAUCAGGAUCAAGUGGCUCAACUGGAGCAAAAAAUGGCAAAGCUACAAAGAAAACUGUGACUCUGGAAGCACUACAGGUGUAUAUGCGGGAGCCAUUACCAGAGCAAAUGACUGUUCGGUUAUACAAUGGAAUGAAAAGUAUUGACCUGACUGGGAAAUCAUCUAGGCUGAGUGAACAGAUUGCUAAGGAGCAGUUUGUAAUUUUUAUGUCAAACCUCUUAAAAGGGAAUGCAGAUGAGAAGAUUACCAUAAUAAUGAGAAUGAUCUCCAAGAGAGAAGGGCCUGUGAAGGGCAAACAAAUCCAAGAGUUCACAGAGGAUCUGAUCAUGUCUGUAGUCCAUGUCCUGAGCUACAGGAAGGGACUCAAAGGUUGGAAUUCGGAGAAUACUAGGGAUUCUGCAUGUGGCAUAAAGGCUCUGGCUUCUCAGCUGCUAUCAGAAUUGAAGCUUGCAGAUGGGACAAAACCUGUGGGUCCUCAGCUGAUGGAGACAAACUUUGAUCGAAAUGUCAUUGAGGAUUGGGUGUACCGAGUUCCACAGAUCUCAGUUUUCCUCAGUGUUGUUAUCAGGCAAGGUCUCCAUGUUCUGCAUUCUCUCCCAGACCAAACCAAAGACAUACUCAACCUGGUUCCAAGCUGCAAAGGCAUCAAAGGAAGAGGACUUGUCAGUCUGUUUGACAUCCCAUCCAUCAUAUACAUCAACUCCCAUCUGCCUGCAGAGCUACAGCACAAGUGGCAGCUUGUAUUUUCUUCUAGGCUUCAUGGAGAAAGCUUUUCACAGUUAUGUGGGCACAUAGUGAACAAAGGUCCUUGCAUAGUGAUCUUAAAGGACUUAGAUGGUUAUAUCUUUGGUGGGUUUGCAUCUCACUCCUGGGAGGUGAAGCCACAGUUUCAAGGUGACAACAGAUGCUUUCUGUUUUCUGUUUUCCCCUCUCUUGCUGUAUACACGUACACAGGGUAUAAUGACCACUACAUGUAUUUGAACCAUGGCCAGCAAACAAUGCCGAAUGGACUUGGUAUGGGAGGACAACAUGGCUACUUCGGACUCUGGAUAGACAGUGACUAUGGGAAGGGACACAGUAAAGCAAAACCUCGAUGUACCACCUACAAUAGUCCCCAGCUGUCAGCUAAAGAGGAUUUUACACUGGAUGCCAUGGAAGUUUGGGCAGUGGGAGACCUCCCUGAAAGUGCAGGGACAAAAGGUAAGAAGAGUAUCCUGGAUGCAGAUCCUGAGGCUCAGGCCUUAUUAGAAAUGACUGGAAAAAGUCGUCAGAGUGAAGGUCUACGAGAACCCAUUGAAGAGGAUGAUGAUGAUAACUAA